CACCCCGAAAAGCCCAACCCCCUCUACCCCCACCUUCUCUUCUCCUCAAGUGUCACUUUCUUGCAUAUACUUCACACAAACGAAAAACCAUUCACUUCAUAGCUUGUCAUUUCUUCUUUCUCUUUCAAUCGCAAAUCUGCAACUACUCCUCACAAUUUGAUCAUCAAAUCCCAUCUGAAGAAAACCCCAGAAAAUCUGUCUCUCUUUUCUUGUCUCUCUCCCGGAAAUUUAGCAUCCAAUCUCUGCUUUUGUCCUCCCAACAAGGCCUUUUCUAAUCCUUCUGCAACCCUAAGAGUGGUGGUUAAAGAAGAAGGGGAGAUAGAAACUUUUCCGAGCUGGACCUGGGAUUGUAUGAUAUGGAGUUAUUUCCAGCACAACCAGACCUCUCUCUACAAAUCAGCCUCCCAAAUAGCAAACCCUCAUCAGGUUGGAGAAGAAGAGAGGAUGAAAUGGAUUUGGGAUUCUGGAAGAGAGCUCUAGAUUCUAGAUACUCAACCUCUUCAUUGGCUAAGCCUGAAAACAGUUUUGAGCUUUCGUUAUCAAAUCAAAGUGUUUCGGAACCUGAUUUUAACCAUAUUCACCUUCUUCAAAACAAUACAAACAAUUUCAUCCACCAGUUUCCACAGCAACAUCAGCAGCACCUCCGUCCUCAGCCCUUCCACCACCACCACCAAAACCAUCAGGGGUUAAGCCCGGAGCUCGGUUUCUUGAGGCCCAUAAGAGGAAUUCCAGUUUACCAAAACCCUCCGGCCUUCACAUUUGCUCAUGAGCAAAAUUUAGAUGCAUCUGUACCUUCUACUCCUAAUAGUACUGUUUCAAGCAGACCUUUUCAGCCUCAAAGCCUAAUGAGAUCAAGGUUUUUUUCGAGGUUCCCAGCCAAACGUAGCAUGAGGGCACCUCGGAUGAGGUGGACUACUACCCUCCAUUCCCGUUUUGUUCAUGCUGUUGAGCUCUUGGGUGGCCAUGAAAGAGCUACACCCAAGUCAGUUCUUGAGCUCAUGGACGUUAAAGAUCUCACUUUGGCACAUGUUAAGUCCCAUUUACAGAUGUACAGAACGGUGAAAUCAACUGAUAGAGUAGCAGCUACUUCGGGACAAUUGGAUGUGUUUGAAAACGGGUCAAAUCAUGCAUACUCAAGUCUACCUUAUCAAAAUACAAUCAGCGUAGAGCCACGAGUCCAUUGUAGGACUAGUUAUAAUGCGAUUACUUUGGAUUACGUUUUUCCAUUAGUCAAAAAAGUAGAUUUCAUAGAAAUAUUCUCACAUUUCACACACUUGGUGUGUGUACAUAACACCCCUCUCACCGCACCCCCACGCACCCACCCACAUACAAAUAUACAUAUAUACACAUACAUACAGAAACGUGUAUUCAUAUGUGUGUAUAAUGAUGGUGAACAACAGGACAUGGAACCAAAGUGCUUAAGCUAUGACAGAGUAUCUGAAAUGAGCUCAUCAAGCCUCUCAGAGACAAGCAUCAAAGAGCCCAAUUUGGAAUUCACUCUGGGGAGGGCACAGUGAAAUCUACUCAUUUUGAAAUCAUUAUAAUCCGUGACGGGAGCUGGUGAAGAGAAUCAGGUACCCACUGAGGAAAAUAAGAGGGAAAAAGGAAAGGAAAAGUGAGGAAAAGGAAAAGGAAAAGGAAUGAGAGAGUUAAAGAAAGACAAGGAGACAGGAAAGACAGAAAGCAACAAAAGGAGAAAGGGCCCUUACUGUCAAAGUUAAGCUAUGAAAAUUCAAUCAAUCAACAUAUUAUAUUCCUUCGUAAAUAUGGAAUAUCUAAUUGAUUUUAUAUGUACUGUUAUAUGCACUUUGAAUGAGAAAAGAGAGGGAUGAAAAAGUUUGAGAGAAUUAGAGGUUUUUAACAAUCAUUAAGAUGUAUCCUUGGUAAUUGUAUGAUGCACUUUAUAAUUUAUAUGUCUCCCAAAAUAUAUUAUAGUCUAUAUAUGAUGCGGGCCGUGCAGUUAUUUC